AUGGUUUCGAAACAUCAGUCUCAGACUUCCGUAGGUAGCCUAUUGAAGGCUAAUCCUUUAUUUCAGGAUGUGAUGGAGCCAUCAAUGGUAAAGUUACUUGCAAAGGCACUUGAUGACAUUAAUAGCAUAACAGCAGUAGGUAGUGAUCUUGGAGUGGUAAUCGAAAAGCUUAGCAUACUCACAAAGUUGUUUGACCAGAUUGAUAUAAGAGACCAUAAGUACAAAAAUGAAAUGUUGAUUUUUUUAAACUCUGAAUACGGGUUGAAGGACAUGAAGAUAGAGGAUUUGCGUUGGUUCUAUGUGUUUAAAAUAACGCAUGGUGCAAAUUCCUAUAUUUUGAAACAGAUUGGACACUCAAUAGGAGGUGGUUAUAAUUCGAGAGAUUUGCUUGCUGAAUAUGUUAAUUCACCCAACGUUAUUGAGAUUCUGCACGUAUUCGAAAGACACGUUCAGCUUAAAGCUGGAGAAGACGAGGAUAUGUAUACUUGGUAUUUGACAGAAUAUCUCGACGUUGGUCUUGAUAGCGAGUAUGUAAAACAGGGAGGCAUAGACAUGAUAAGAAAGGUUGGCAGGGAUGUGCUUAACGGAUUAAAAGCACUUCACGAUAGAAUCAUAACACAUAGAGAUAUUAAAGCCGAUCAUGUCAGGGGAGUAUGGAAAACAAAGGAAGAUGGUAGUCGCGAACUCAUCUUUAAAUUAAUUGAUGUUGGCAUUGCCCAAUACCACAUGACUGAUGAGUCUCUCUAUUGGGGAAUUACUAGUGACUUUUCAGAGUUGGGAGUAUGCUUGAAUAUCUAA